CUCUCUUGCUGAUCCGAUAGAUCCCCACAACCAAAGUUGUGUCGUCAUGGACAAGAAGCGGGUGGCCAUCGUCGGCGCCGGCGUGAGCGGCCUGGCCGCGUGCAAGCACCUCCUGGAGCGCGGCUGCCGCCCCGUCGUCUUCGAGGCCGACACCGUCCUCGGCGGUGUGUGGGCGCGCGUGCCGGACUGCACGGCGCUGCAGACGCCGCGGCCGCUGUACCAAUACUCGGACUUCCCGUGGCCGGAGGCCGUCACGGAGGUGUUCCCGGACCACCGCCAGGUGAUGGCCUACCUGGACGCGUACGCGCGCCGCUUCGGCGUGCUCGGCCGCGUCCGGUUCGGCCGCCGGGUGGUCGGGAUGGAGUACGGCGGCGUCGGCGAGGAGGACGUGGCGUCGUGGGAGGAGUGGGCCGGGAAUGGCGAGGCCUUCGGCUCCGGCGACGGAGAGUGGCACCUCACGGUGGCCGACGACGGGGGACACGUUGAGAUACACAAGGCAGACUUUGUCAUUCUCUGCAUUGGGAGGUUCAGUGGUGUGCCCAACAUACCCACAUUCCCGCAAGGCAAAGGUCCAGAAACAUUUGAUGGCCAGGUGAUCCACUCCAUGGACUAUUCCAAGAUGGGCACCAAGAAAGCCACGGAGAUGAUCAAGGGCAAGCGUGUCACCAUCGUCGGCUAUCUGAAAUCUGCAAUUGACAUCGCUGCUGAAUGCGCCGUAACAAAUGGCACUGAUCAUCCAUGUACUAUGGUGGUCCGAACAAAGCAUUGGAUCAUACCAGACUACUUUGCAUGGGGAAUCCAUAUAUCAUUGUUAUACCUAAAUCGAUUUGCGGAACUUCUCAUUCACAAGCCUGGAGAAGGAUUUCUCCUUUGGAUCAUAGCGACACUAUUGGCUCCAUUGAGGUGGCUAUUUUCCAAGUUUGCUGAGAGCUUCUAUGCCAUCCCAAUGAAGAAAUAUGACAUGGUGCCUGAUCAUAGCCUGUUUGAGGCAUUAGCUACAUGUUUGGUGGCCAUAGAACCGAAGGGUUUUUAUAAGAGGUUGGAAGAAGGCAGCAUAGUUCUCAAGAAAUCAAAGUCGUUCAGCUUUUGCAAGGAAGGUGUUCUUGUGGAAGGUGAAUUCUCACCGAUAAAGAGCGAUAUUGUGAUCCUUGGAACCGGGUUCAGGGGAGAUCAGAAGAUUAAGGACAUGUUCACAUCAGAAUACUUCAGAAGUAUCGCAGUUGGGUCCACAUCCACAACUGUACCUCUAUACAGGGAGUGCAUACACCCCAAGAUACCACAGCUUGCAGUUCUCGGUUAUUCAGAGAGCAUUGCUAAUCUAUACACCUCAGAACUUCGAGCCAAGUGGCUGGCACAUUUCUUGGAUGGUGGCAUCAGAUUACCAAGUGUGGCAGCAAUGCAGAACGAUGUUCUAGAAUGGGAGAAGUACAUGAAAAGGUAUGCUGGUAGGUAUUUUCGCAGGUCUUGCAUCGGACUCCUUCACAUCUGGUACAAUGAUAAGCUGUGCCAGGAUAUGGGGUGCAACCCUAGAAGAAAGAAAGGGUUUUUCGCGGACUUAUUUGGAAUCUAUGGUCCUGGGGAUUACGCUGAACUUCACCCCAAAGAAGACUAGACCUUGGGUUUCAACUCCUGUGGCAGUUAUCUUGAGCAUCUUUUCUGAUUUGACUAUUACUAUUAUACUAGUUGAAUAAAGUAGGAUGUCCAUAAUAGGACAUGCAUGUACGAUCCAUGUGAGAUUCUAUAGCUCAGAACGAAGUUAUCAUGAACUUUGUUUUUAAGGUUUGAGUGUACGAAUUAUAUUCUCUGCACUUUGGUUGAGAAUUCAACGUUGAUCAAUGACAAGGUCUGAUGCUGGCA